AUGUCUGGUCCUUUGGUUAAUCGUUCAUUAGCUACUUUGAAAACAGUGAUUAUUACUGAUAAAUUUUAUGAUCAAAUAGUUGGGAAAUUACCAAAUCGUUAUCAAGCUGGUGCUCCUCCUAUUGAUGGGUUUGAUAAUACUUCAUCUCAACAAACUUCUUCAACACCAAAUGAAAAAAAUGGUGCUUUAAUUCCACAACGUCCAAAUCCAAAUUCAAAUCCAAGUAAUGAAAAUAAAGAAUUUGUUGAAGCUAUUUACGAUUAUAAGCCUCAACAACCAGAAGAUUUAGAAUUAAGAUCUGGUGAUAAAGUUCAAGUUUUAGAACAUACAUCUCCUGAUUGGUGGAAAGGUUUAAAUGGUUCAAGAUCAGGUAUGUUCCCAUCAAAUUAUGUUAAACCUUUAGAAAAACAAGAUUCAAGAGCACAGGCACCAUCUCCUGCUCCAUCAUACCAAUCUUCAAAUCAUAAUUAUCCACCUCCACAACAAUAUAAUCAACCUCCAUAUUAUCAACAAUCUCCACAAUUCCCACCAUAUGGUUCACCAGUUCCUUAUCAACAACCUCAACAACAAGUUUAUCAACAACCUCCUCAACAACAAGAAGUUGUUGUUCAACAACAAGAACAAAGUGGAGCAGGUGGUCAUGUUAAAAAAUUUGGUUCAAAAUUAGGUAAUGCUGCAAUUUUUGGUGCAGGUGCUACAAUUGGUUCAGAUAUUGUUAAUUCAAUUUUUUAA